CGACCUCCCCGCGGCCCAGGGUCGCUGAGAGCGGCCGCCGGCUGGCCUGGGCCGCCCGAGGCCGGCGCGGCCUUGACUUGCUGGUCCGAGCCCUCGAAGGGCCGCGUCCCUCUCCCCGGUCAGCCCCAGCCCCGUGCGGGCCCCCAGCGGCCGCAUCCCACGCCCGCGCUGCCCCGGGCGGAGCCCUGCACGCCCCGCAGAGGGCUCGCCUGCAGCCGAGCGCAGCGGGCCCACGGCCUGGAGUGGCCGAGCCGCAGCCGCGCGAGUCUCGUGGGAGGAAAAAGGCUCUAUUCUUAUUUGUGACAAGUAAAGAGGCGGGAGCCGUCCCCAAGCUGUGCCUUAGGGUCGUGGCGCGGUUCGUUGCCGUUGGCGAGCCUUGGGUGCGGCGUCCUGUUAGGCUCGCCUGUGGAAGCCGAGCUGGACGUCGGCGUUUGCACGAGUGGCCUUUAGUCCAGCCGCCCAGACCUCGAGGCUCUUGUCCUGCCUCGCGCUCGCCGGUCACCGUGACCCAGCCCCGGGGCUCCGUGGCUGCCGGCCACCCGCCCUCUCCGGCCUGGAGGGACCGCCUCCCCUUCCGUGCGGACCUGCGCAGAAGCCUCGCCGGCCCCUUCUCCUCUGGCCUCGUGCUCGUAGGCGUGGGAGUGGGAUCACCCCCGUCUCCGCUUAAAACCUCGUCGGCCGACCAAGCUCCCGCCGUGGCCUCCCUGAUCCUCUUGGGCCCUUGCCGGCCUGCGGCUCCGGAUGCCGGCCACUGGCUCCUCCUCCGGCUCCGGCUCCGGGGGCCUUUCCCUGCCCGGCGUCUGAGAUGCCCCCUCCGUCCGUCCUGCCGCUGGGGUUGUGUCCCCCGAGCUGCACGCGCCGUGUCUCUCCGCCGCCCUGCCUGCUGGGCCCAGGCUGUGCGGGCGCUGAGGGCGGAGACCUGCCCGCAGAGCUGCACCGGGGAGCCUCACGUUUGAUGACCGUCAGCGAAGGCGUGAAUGCCGGGACGCCGGCAGGCGGCCGUUGGGAAGCCUUGCGCCCCACAUGCACCUGCAGCAGGGCUCCCUUGGGGCGGCUUCUCUCUUCCCGAAACUUUUCAAAUUUGCUGGGGACAGUCUAUCGGUGUGGAAACUUAAAUUUUACAUGUGAUGGAAAUUCAGUUAUCAGUCCCGUGGGAAAUAGAGUCACCGUAUUUGACCUUAAAAACAACAAGUCCAACACGCUGCCCCUGGCCACGCGGUACAACAUCAAGUGUGUGGGGCUGUCCCCGGACGGCCGCCUCGCCAUUGUCGUUGAUGAAGGGGGCAACGCGCUGCUGGUCAGCCUGGUCUGCAGGUCCGUGCUGCACCACUUCCACUUCAAGGGCUCUGUGCACAGCGUCUCCUUCUCUCCUGAUGGCAGAAAAUUCGUCAUCACAAAAGGCAAUCUUGCUCAGAUGUACCACGCCCCAGGGAGGAAGCGAGAAUUCAACGCAUUUGUCCUCGACAAAACCUACUUUGGUCCCUACGAUGAGACCACGUGUAUCGACUGGACAGAUGACUCGCGGUGCUUUGCAGUCGGGAGCAAAGACAUGUCCACGUGGGUGUUCGGGGCCGAGCGCUGGGACAACCUCAUCUACUACGCGCUGGGGGGACACAAGGACGCCAUCGUGGCCUGCUUCUUUGAAUCCAGCAGUCUGGACUUGUACACGCUCAGCCAGGACGGAGCCCUGUGUGUGUGGCAGUGUGACACACCCCCUGAGGGCCUGCGGCUGAAAGCCCCCACUGGCUGGAAGGCGGACCUGCUGCAGAGGGAGGAGGAGGACGAGGCCGAGGGCGAGGGCGAGGGCGAGCGGGAGGCCACCAUCCGAGGGAAAGCCACGCCGACCGCAGGGGAGCAGCAGGGCAAAGUGAAAUACUCCCGGCUGGCCAAGUACUUUUUCAAUAAAGAAGGUGACUUUAACAACCUGACAGCCGCAGCGUAUCACAGGAAGACCCACCUCCUGGUCACUGGUUUUGCCUCUGGAAUCUUCCACCUUCACGAGCUCCCGGAGUUCAAUCUCAUCCACUCCCUGAGCGUCUCGGAUCAGAGGAUCGAAUCUAUCGCCGUCAACACCUCUGGGGACUGGAUUGCCUUAGGCUGCUCAGGCCUGGGCCAGCUGCUGGUGUGGGAGUGGCAGAGCGAGUCCUACGUGCUCAAGCAACAGGGCCACUUCAACAGCAUGGUGUCCCUGGCCUACUCCCCCGACGGGCAGUACAUCGUCACCGGCGGGGACGACGGCAAGGUCAAGGUGUGGAACACGCUCAGCGGCUUCUGCUUCAUCACUUUUACGGAGCACUCGAGCGGGGUCACUGGCGUGACCUUCACCGCCACCGGCUACGUCAUUGUGACCUCUUCCAUGGACGGGACCGUGAGGGCCUUUGACCUUCACAGGUACCGGAACUUCCGCACCUUCACGUCCCCGCGGCCCACCCAGUUCUCCUGUGUGGCGGUGGACUCGAGCGGGGAGAUCGUUUCCGCGGGGGCCCAGGACUCCUUUGAGAUCUUCAUCUGGUCCAUGCAGACCGGCAGGCUGCUUGAGGUCUUGUCUGGCCACGAGGGGCCCAUCAGCGGUCUGUGCUUUAACCCGAUGAAGUCGGUCCUGGCUAGCGCCUCCUGGGACAGGACAGUGCGUCUGUGGGACAUGGUGGACAGCUGGAGAACCACAGAGUCGCUGGCCCUGACGUCCGACGCUCUGGCUGUGACCUUCCGCCCCGACGGUGCAGAGCUGGCUGUGGCCACGCUGAACUCACAGAUCACCUUCUGGGACCCCGAGAACGCCGUGCAGACGGGCUCCAUCGAGGGCAGGCACGACCUCAAGACGGGCAGAAAGGAGCUGGACAAGAUCACCGCGAAGCACUCGGCCAAGGGCAAGGCCUUCACCACUCUGUGCUACUCCGCGGACGGCCAGAGCAUCCUGGCCGGAGGGAUGUCCAAGUUCGUGUGCAUCUACCAUGUCAGGGAGCAGAUCCUGAGGAAGAAGUUCGAGAUCUCUUGCAACCUGUCUCUGGAUGCCAUGGAGGAAUUUUUGAACCGAAGGAAAAUGACAGAGUUUGGCAACCUGGCGCUAAUUGAUCAAGACGCUGGGGAGGAAAAAGGAGUCGCAAUACCGUUGCCGGGCGUCAAGAGAGGUGACAUGAGCUCUCGUCACUUCAAACCUGAAAUCAGGGUGACUUCACUCCGCUUCUCUCCCACGGGGCGCUGCUGGGCGGCCACCACCACCGAGGGGCUCCUCGUCUACUCCCUGGAUGCCCAGCUGCUCUUCGACCCCUUCGAGCUGGACACCAGCGUCACCCCUGGGCGGAUCCGGGCGGCCCUGCGCCAGCGUGACUUCACCAGGGCGCUGCUCAUGGCCUUCCGGCUGAACGAGAGGAAGCUGCUGCAGGAGGCCCUGGAGUCGGUGCCCCCAGACGACAUUGAAGUUAUCAGCUCUUCCCUGCCUGACUUGUACGUGGACAAAAUGCUUGAAUUUUUGGCUUCAUCCUUUGAAGCGUCUCACCACCUAGAGUUCUACCUUCUAUGGACUCAGAAGGUGCUCCUGGUGCACGGGCAGAAGCUGAAGACCAGGGCAGGGAAGCUGCUGCCAGCCAUUCAGUUCCUGCAGAAGAGCGUCCAGCGGCACUUGGACGCCGUCUCCAAACUCUGUGACUGGAACCGCUACAACAUGCAGUACGCUCUGGCCAUGUCCAGGCAGCGGGGCAUGAAGCGCCCCUCGGAACCGCCGGGGAGUGAGGAGGAGGAGGACGACGACAGUCUGCACCUGCUCGGGGCAGGGGACGGGGACACGGACGCAGAGGGGCUGCUGAUGUAGAGCUGGCUGCGUUGCAACGCCACUCAUUUCGGUGACGAUCCCGGAAGAGAUGGAACCACAGCUGCCUGGGCCCAGGAAGUGAGUGGAGGGCAAUCUGGAGAGCUGUGGCACCGCUGUCGCCGAGGACUUGCUCUUCCUGCAAGGACCAUCGCGGCGGCAGCACCGUGCAGAGCGAGCUGACCAGGCCGGCCAGCACGGGCUUGGCUUGCGGUCAAGACCCCACAGUGUGAAUAAAGAAAUGCUGAGCAUCUGCUAUUGAGAACGCCUUUCAGAGAGGCCGAUGGCUUCUUAUUUAUAGAUUCAAACUUUGUAUGAAAGUUUUUAUAUUUUUAAUAUAAAGUUUUGAUAAAACUGAAAAA